AAAUUAAUCGUACUUCUGACAUUAAAUUUAGGUUAUAAAAUGAUAAAGGUUUCGCAAUCGCUCACGGGAUGUUAUGUAGUAAUAUCAAACACAUGAGAAUAACUAAAUCGAUGCAGAACGAAGUCCGAUAUCUGUCAAUACGUUAUAACAUCACAAUCUAUUUUCAAAAGAUGCGUCUGCCGCGGGCAGAACAAUUUUCUCAUUAAAAGGUUUUGUGUACCUGAAAAUAUGUCCCGUUUCAGGAUAUUUAAAGACAUUGGUGUGUAUAGAUUGUGGAAUGUGUGGACUCGUAGCUAUUUUUUGAGUCAUAUGGUUAAGCGGUGUCGGCGGGAUCGAAGUGUGAGGGAUGUUCUUCAAUGUUUUCGUCAAACAUUCUUGAGGCCACGAAGGACCUUGCUCCUCUCUGCCACGGCUGCAUACCAUCGAGGAGACGACGAGACACCAGAUAGUUGCGAGAACAGCAUAUCCGAUGAAGAUUUGGAGGAAUUAAUAACUGAACUGGACGGAAUCGAGGAGCUCUCGCGGAGGACGUUGUUCUGCGUCGGCUGCGGCUGUCGUCUUGUCAUCGACAAGAAACACCCGGGCAUUCAGUAUUGCGUUUGCAAGGACGCUCAGACGAGCCUCGAGUCGGACGGCUGGAGCCCGUUUAUGGAGGCCGAUGACGUCAUCAUCUGGCGCAAGGAAUACAAGCCCGGCCAGGGUCUAUACGCGUACAAAGUGUACGGCAGGUACAGGGAAGUGAGGGCCGAGGACUUCGCUGCCGUCCAAGUCGACGGCGCCUACCGGACAGUCUGGGACACGGCCGUCGCGUCGCUGUCGGUGGUCGAGAGGGACGCGAACGGAGUCCCCGGCCAGGCCGUGCUCCACUGGGAGGUCCUUUGGCCGAGAUUGUUCGCGAAUCGAGAUUACGUAUACAUACGUAGGCACAAGGAGUUCGAUGUUAAAUCGAAAAGCGAUCCUCAUAAGGAGGUUAUAUUUAACGAGGAGAUUAAGAAGAGACUGUCCAGUGAUGAAAGGACGAGCGUCCACUCGAACGCCAAGAGGAGGGCGCUGGAGGCCGAGAAAUUCGUGACUAGAACGAAACCCAGGAUCGAAAACAAUAAGGUCUACAUAAUAGUGUCGAAGUCCUGCGAGCAUCCCAACGUACCGGAGACCAAGAAUGCCAUCAGGGUCUCCGAGUACUGGAGUCACAUGGUCAUCAAGACACUGAACGGAGUCGACCAGACAGGGAUGGAGUUUGUGUUGACGUAUUAUGACGAGCCAGCCGUGGGCGGGUUGCCCACAGGGGUAGCGGCGUGGGCCACGGGGCGGGCGGCUCCCGCAUACCUGCAGAGGAUGAGGACGGCCGCGAUGAAUUACAGAGAGCGCACCGCCGUGGAGGACCAGCAGGAUCUCCCUGACUUCGUACCGGGCAAAGUCUCGAACGUAACCGUCGAGAAGGAGCCUCAAGUCAACGAAGAGGAUAUGGAGUCAUCAAAACAAGGUCCAGAAUUGAAUGGAAACAAGGAGACGAAAACCCGCGAUCAGAGCACACAGACCGACGACGACCCACCCGACGUUAAGUCGAAAAUCAAAGUAGACAAGCCGAGUGGACCUCGUGUUAGUAAGGCCGUCCAGACAUCCACGGAACAAGAUGGCGAUCGGUCCGAUGACGAGACAUCUGUUAGCUGGUGGCGCUAUCUAUAUCCCCUGUACUACUUCGUUUAGUUAAAUUAAAUAAUAGAACAAAAAAAAAACGUGUGGCACUCGGGAACUGCCGCGGUAAAGCUAUUGCAUAGCAUUUUUUAUCAACUUAUGCAAUUAUAAUUAGACAAUGAUAAUUUAAUAUUAAAACAAUAAUAAAACAAGACCACGCUGUAUUAAACAUUAAUAAAAGCAAAACCUUAACUGUCCCCUUCACACUCAUAAGCUAGACCGCGCGAGAGAGAGAUGGGCAGACUUUUUAUGAUACGCAUGCAGUGUGACGUCACGCCACGCGCUUAUUCACAAACACGACACAAGCGCAACGCGUGAAUGUGUUGAACGCGAGCUACAUGGUGGGCGGAAUGAGGGGUGUUAGGUUUUUUUCGUUACGGAAUUUCAUGAUUCGGUCGCCGCGCUCAAGGCCCGCGAUAAAAGCUAUGCAAUAGCUUAAAAAUUCCGACUUUAUAGACGCGAAAAUAGAAUCGAGUUUCGUUUAAAAUCGAUUUGACCAGUGGCUCUCAAAUUAUUAUAAUACAUAAUACCUAAUUAAUAUAUCGCACCUUUAGAAUUACAGAGAUCAAUUUCGGAAUUUUUUGUAUUUCGACUUUAAAUAAAACAUGGACCUAUAAAGACCCUUUCAGUGACUCUUAAUAAUCAAAUGACCAAAAGUGGCUUGUAAAGAGACAAACUUAUCUGUCGGUCUCUUUCAUUCCAUCCCCUUCCUCUACAUCUGCCUACCACCGCCCUGCCUAUUUCUACCCUGAAGCAGUAAUGCGUUUCGGUCUGCAGGGUAGGGCAGCCGUUGUAACUAUACUGAGUUCUUAGAACUUAUAUCUGAAGGUGGGUGGCGCAUUUACGUUGUAGAUGUCUAUGGGCUCCAGUAACCACUUAACACCAGGUGGGCUGUGAGCUCGUCCAUCCAACUAAGCAAUAAAAAAAUUCGAUGUUUUUCAAAAAAACACAUUUUUUGGGUUGGGUCUCCAUAAUUUGAAAGGUGCGAUAUAAUACCUAAUUUUUUUUAAAUGUCUUUGUCGUUUAGACGGCAGUGAUCCACGAGGAUGAUCAUACAUGAGUCAUCUAUUAUCAAAGGUGGCAAUCUGUGCAUUUGGACAAUUUUUUUUUAUUGAUAUGUCAAUUCAGAUUGAUUUGAAUAUAAUCGUCUCCUUCAAAGAAUACGGUUCAAAACCUGCAUUAAAUAAAGGAUAAUAGUUAACCUGUUAUUUAUCUAAGAUGUCGUUCCGAAGAGUUUUGUGACUGCCAAUGGAAUACAAAGUCAAUAAUUUGUUUUUCUGAUUUACCAAUCAUUGUCCAAAAAUCAGAUUGCCGGCUUUGAUAAUAGUCGACUCACAUAGUCAAUAAUUAAUUAUAAGCGAUAAAACAAUUGAUUUUGGUAAAUAAAAUUUAUUUGCUUCAAACGUCACGCCACUGAUGUUUUGAUUACAAAAAAAAAAAAAUUUGGCCAACCCCGUGGAAUGGCGGGUCAUACGCUGUUACAAGUUAAAGUUUGUUCCUGGUGCGUCCUGUGAGACCGCCCGGGUAGGUACCACCACCCUGCCUAAUUCUGCCGCGAAGCAGUAGAUAAUGCGUUAGAGCACUCGGUGUACGAUAAAACUAACGUCUAAAUUGUUGAUGUCAACGGGCUCCGGUAACCACUUAAAAAAAUAGAGAUUGAGAUCUGUCGUCCCCCCCCUUUUUCAAAGAGCAACAGCAAUAUUUUUUUAUAAUGAAGUGUAUGCGGGAGAAUCUUUCUAAGAGUGAUGCUGUAGGUAUACGACAAAGGGAAGAUCUUCCACCGAGCGAGUGUGAUUGCUCGGUAGACCGACGGUCCGAAUGUUGUCGUUCGAACUUGUGUAUAUACAAGCUUAUCUUGAAAAUGUCGUAAGCGAGAAUCAGACAUCUCUCAAAUAUCUUGCGUUGAAUGAUGACAACCGACAUAAUGCCAUAAAAAAAGCGAGGUCUGCUUUCAAGCGAAAAGACCCAAGUUCCUGACUAAUUUUUGUUUCUGCUUAUGCUGGUGACCUAGGGGGUUAUGGCAGCGUAACUGAGCGAGUAGGUGAGCUACGGGGCUCUAACCUGAGGAUUCCUAAUGUUAACCAUCCUCUGAUCACAUCGCCAGCGUGUUUUCAUCAUCAUCAUCAUCAUUUCAGCCUAUCGCCGUCCACUGCUGAACAUAGGCCUCUCCAAUAGAUUUCCAGUGCGACCGGUCCAUUGCCACCUGCAUCCAACGAGACCCAGCGCUUUUUACUAGGUCGUCGGUCCAUCUAGUAGGUGGCCGUCCCACACUGCGCUUGCCAGUACGUGGUCGCCACUCCAGGAUCUUUCUGCCCCAUCGACCGUCCUCUCUUCGUGCUAUGUGGCCAGCGUGUUUAGUGCGAGUUAUUUAACGUUCUCGAUAGCGUAAAAGUUAACUAAAAUUUGUAUGGAUUGGGAACUUUGCCUACGUUUUCCGCUAGAGGUGCUGUUCCAACUAGUCAACGCGUCAUAGAGAGGGACUUUUGUCUUGCUUCUUUAGUUGUUUUUAUUACUGGGCUACUAUAACUAUACAUAUAUGUAUGUGUGAUUUAAAAUCCGUGUAGUGGUUUUUGCGUGAAAAACUAAGAAUGACCCGUUCGCGCAAACCCGCAUUUAUAAAAAUAUGACGAUAUUAGGAUUCAACAUGAGCAGCGCAAAAUUCUGAAUUUUUUUUUGGUAAUUAAAACAAUAAUAAUUUAUUUAAUCAUCUGGAAUUCAUUGUUAUUCGAUGGGCUAUAAUAUCUGAAUAUGUUUUUUUUUUGUAUAAAAGAAAAAAAACCAUUGAAUUAUUUAUUCAUAAUACGAUUAUGAAUUUGUGUAAAAAUCGUGUCGUCGUCUAGGCAUUUACGAGCUUUACGAAGACGAUAAAACCAAUAAACUGAUCAAAAAUAGAUGUAAAGUAACGUAUUCUUGAUUGAAAUGUUAGAGUUACAGUUAGACAAAUAUGUACAUAGUACAUAGAUAGAUAUAAGAAGUGUUUUUCUUCUAAGAAACGGUUGUUAGUAUUUAAAAUAAUUUAGCAGAAAGAACUCGACCGAUAUUAAAUCGUUCUAAGAACAGAUUUGCGUAUUUAAGGCUUUAAUUCGUUUGUGUUUUUUUUUGUGACGAAAUUCCGUCAGAUUUCAGUGGCUAAUAUCUAAUAGAUUAUUAAUUCGUGGACAACGGCUGAACCCGCGACGGGUAGCUCAUGCCUGUACGUGUAUUGCGGCGUGGAGCUUAUUCUGUCAGUGACGUCAUCGUACUAGUGGAAGCGCGUGUUCGUUACCCAUAAAAGUGUAGCUUUUAAAUUCGUUAUCCUAUGACGUCACAUCAUUAAGAAUGAUUUCGUGAGACCGGCGAGACGGAGUGGUGAGACGAAAGCUCGUUUCGAAAAGUAAACAAAAACGCCAUUAUUUUUUUGGUUUAUUUGAUACGUUAACUUUAUCUAUAUCAAAUAUUUCGUUAUCAUAAAUUAAUUAUGAACAUAAUUGAGUUCUUUCAGUUAAACUACACAUUAAGUAGGUACGUUUUAUUAUAUUUGUAAUAACUAAAAAAAGAAAUACCAAAUAAUGUAUGUAUGUAUGUAUGUAAAUGUUUAUUGAAAAAUGAAUUGUGGAAAUUUUAAUUUUAAUCGCUGAUAUUAUGGUACGUCGGUGAGGGUCGGUAUCGACAAAAAAAAUUUAAAUUCUUAUUUAUAAUACACUAGAAGUCCCGCAGUAGUCGAAAUUCGACUAUAACGAAUUGGAAUUGUAAGUUUGUACACUAUUAUGAUUGUAUUUUAUACUUCUAUAAUCACAAAUUUCGCUAAGACUACACUAUAAAAAUAUUAACAAAGACAAACAAUAUUUAAUCUAUUCUCAAUUUGACAACAGACGUCAAGAACAAAAGUUUGACAAUAAAUACUAUGCAUGCGUGUGUGCGUCAAAUACAUGGUAUGCAGUGUGUGUAAUGUUUUCUUUAUUGAUUUAAUGUAUCUUUUACGCAUUAUUUAAAAAAAAUAUUAGCAUUGUGCACUUCUUCUCUAUAUUCUCUAUAAGUGUGGAAAAUUUCAUACUCCUCCAUCCACGCAAUUUUCGUAAAAAGGGAUACAAAGUUUUUGCUUCACGUAUUAAUAUAUAGAUUACGAAUACAUUUACUUCUUCAUCUUUUAUCUCUCUGUUGAUUCGUGAACUGUCAACUGUUUAUGUGUUAUGCAUUAUGGAUCGAAGGAACGAAUUCUUCAAGAAGUCUCAGAAUAUGAAUGAAGUUUUAGAAAAAUAUAAAAGUUAAGAUAA